AAUAAAAAUUGAGGAGUACUAAAUGAUGAAAGACGUCUCAUAUGUUUGACUUGCAAGUAUUUGAUAUGGUUGCAUUCAAUUAGCAUAUAAAACCUAUCAUUUCUUUUUCAUUUUCAACGUAACGUAACAUCUAGAUAUAUUGAGUGGUUUCAGAGUAUGUAACUCAGAAACAUAAGGAUAAUUAACAAAAAAAUAAAAUAAAAUAAAAAAAUCUUUGUAAAUUGGGAAACAAUUUGGAUUACCCUUUCAUGUUUUGUAAUUUCAGGAGCAGGUUUGGGAUCUGGAAUGGGAUUGAUAUUGCUAUUAUCAACUUGCUUUUGGUUGAAAAGGUUUCUAAAGAAGAGAAAGAACAAAGAGCAAAGAGAAAAAUUCUUCAAACGAAAUGGCGGCCUUUUGUUGCAACAACAAAUAUCAAAAGAUGAAGAUGUAUAUGGUAAAAUAAGAUUUUUUACUUCUAAAGAAUUGGAUAAAGCUAGUGAUCACUUCAAUGAAAGCCGAAUACUCGGUCAAGGAGGGCAAGGGACGGUUUAUAAAGGUAUGUUAUCCGAUGGAAAAAUCGUAGCAAUAAAGAAAUCGAAGUUAGUUAAUGAAAAGCAAGUAAAGCAAUUCAUUAACGAAGUUGUGGUGCUCUCACAAAUCAAUCACAGAAAUAUAGUUAAGCUACUCGGAUGCUGUCUAGAGACAGAAGUGCCUUUACUAGUUUAUGAAUUCAUUUCUCAUGGAACCCUCUUCAAUCAUAUACAUGAUGAGAGUAUUGAAUUCCCAUUCUCGUGGAGUGCGCGCUUAAAAAUUUCUGUAGAAGUUGCCGGAGCACUUGCUUAUCUUCACUCUGCCGCUUCCCUUCCCAUUUAUCAUAGAGACAUCAAGUCAAGCAACAUACUUCUUGAUGAAAAGUAUGUAGCAAAAGUUUCAGACUUUGGAAUUUCAAGGUCAAUUGAAGUGGAUCAAACUCAUUUAACUACCCAAGUGAAAGGAACAUUUGGAUAUCUUGAUCCUGAGUACUUUCAAUCAAGCCAAUUUACAGAAAAGAGUGAUGUUUACAGUUUUGGAGUUAUACUUGUAGAACUCUUGAGUGGGCAAAAACCAGUAUCUUCUAAUAGAAAAGAAGAGGAAAGGAGUUUAGCAACACGAUUUCUUUUAUGCAUGGAAGGUAACAAUCUUGACUCAAUUCUUGACACUCGAGUCGCAGAUCAAGAUAGGCGAGAAGAGCUUAUUGCGGUUGCUAAACUUGCACAAAAGUGCUUAAAUUUGAAUGGAAAACUGAGGCCAACUAUGAAAGAAGUAGCGAUGGAGUUGGAGAGUGUUCGAAUGUCUCAAACACUUCCAACUACUGCUAAGACUGAAUAUCAAGGUGUAUGGUUGCGCAAGCCAAAGGCAAUAUUGAUCUCGGAAGAUGACUCCACGAGUACUGCUGACACCACCACCCCAUCAUCAAAUGACUAUCCAUUAACGAUUCACACAAGUUGAUGCCUCCAGUGGUUUUUAUACAAUUUCCUCAUUUGCUGACUGUACUUUUGUAAUUGUGUAGUUAAGAAGCCCAAUAACAUUCUCGAAAGUUUGAUUUUCCAUAUCAGACAGUGCCAUAUUUACUCUUCUUUGUAUAAAGUUUUGAGCUUUUUUAUUUUA